AUGAAGUUCUCUAAAGCCCUACUAGCCACUACCUCUGCUGCUACCGUUCUAGCUGCUCCAGCUGCCAUCACUGUUACCGAACAUGUCCAUGAAGAAGCCACUGUCACUGUUCAAGGUUACGUCUACUUCUCUAACGGUGUUGCUUACACUUCUGUCUCCACUCUAGGUGCCGAAGCCACUACUGUUACUGGCGCUGCUAUCACCGGUCUAAUCCAAGAAAAUGAUCUCGGUAUUGUAGCCACUGGUGUCGACUCAACUUCCUCCACCAUGACUAUUACUGGUACCGUCACUUCCACUCAAGCUGUUCCAACUACUACUGAUCCAACUACUACAAUUGCUCCAGUUGUUGCUACCACUCCAGCCACCGUGGUUACUACCACUCCCACCACUGCUGCCACUAGCGCUGCUGCCACUACCACUGGCGAUGCUACCUCUUCUGAUUUCGAAACCUCUAUGCUGAACGAACAUAACGUUAAGAGAGCUCUACAUGUUAACACUCCUGAUCUAACUUGGUCCAACACCCUGGCUGCCUAUGCUCAAGCAUAUGCUGAUAACUACGAUUGUUCAGGUGUCUUAACUCAUUCUGGUGGUCAAUACGGUGAAAAUCUUGCUCUAGGUUACGGUACCACUGGUGCUGUUGAUGGAUGGUACGAUGAAAUCUCCGAUUACGAUUACUCUAACCCAGGGUUUUCUGAAGCUGCUGGCCAUUUCACUCAAGUUGUAUGGGCUUCCAGUUCUCAAGUUGGUUGUGGUAUCAAGUCCUGUGGUGAUGUCUGGGGUGACUAUGUCAUCUGUUCCUAUGAAGAAGCUGGUAAUGUCAUUGGUGAAUUCUCUGAAAAUGUUCUUUCUUUGGCUUAA